AAAAAUGAAAGUAAUCAUGUGGAUCAGGUCUCAGGAGUGUUUGUAGCACGGGGGUCCAGGGGUCCAGGUUUCCCGUCCAUCAGCUCACUGCUGCUCGCCUCGUGAGCGCGGCGCGCGCGACCUGCCCCUGUUUGUUUGUGUUGAGCGAUUGGAAAUGGCGGAGAGCAGAGACCAAAGCGAUAACUUGGGUUAGCAGACGAAGUGCACCGUCACCGAGGCGCAGGGAGCAACCGCGACCGAUUCCCGGACUUACUUAUGACCCGCUGCCGCCGACCGGACACGGUUCACCCGCAGGAGGAGCAGGAAAACGGGCCAUCUUACUCAGCGACGUCGGAGGCCAGCGAGCUUCUUUCUGCACCUGGGAUGGUGCCAUGUGACAGGGCGGCUGUGGAGCCCUAACCCUAGUGCUCCAUCAUCUCAAAUUCAAGCCUGUUUGUCCAACACCGAUCUGUGAACCGAUCCCGGAAUCAGGCCAUCACAGCCCCCCACAUGACUCACCUACCAAAGCCCUAGAUCAAGUCAGUUUAAACUGAAAAUGAGUGCAGUAGGGGAAAGCCCCCUGGACCCUGCCACGCCAGAGUCACGCAAGAGGAAGUGCUCACCAUGCGACACGUCGGGGCAAAGAAAAAGCGGCUCUCCUUUCUCCGGACGAAGACGUGCAGAAGAGCGACAUCUCGUCCAGUAGUCAGGGGCUGGUGGAGAAGGAGGCACUGGGGCCGAUGCUGCUCGAGGCCCUGGAUGGGUUCUUCUUUGUGGUGAACCGCGAGGGCCGUAUCGUCUUUGUCUCUGAGAACGUGACGAGUUAUCUCGAGUACACCCAGGAAGAGCUGAUGACCUCGAGUGUCUACAGCAUCCUCCAUGUGGGAGACCACAAUGAAUUUGUUCGUAAUCUGCUGCCUAAAAGCCUCGUAAACGGCGUCCCCUGGCCACAGGACGCUGGCCGUAGGAACAGCCACACCUUUAACUGUCGUAUGUUGAAGAGGCCUCCGGACAAGGUGGACUCUGAGAACAUGGAGGCCCGGCAGCAGUAUGAGAUCAUGCAGUGUUUCACCGUGUCGCAGCUGCGGGCCAUGCAGGAGGAGGGCGAUGAACUGCAGAGCUGCCUGAUCUGCAUCGCCUGUCGGAUGCCGCGCACUCAGCCUGUAAGCUCGGAGUCCUUUAUUACGAAGCAGGACCCCACAGGGAAGAUCAUCUCCAUAGAAACGAGCGCGUUGCGAUCGACAGGCCGGCCUGGCUGGGAGGACCUGGUCAGGAAGUGCAUCUACGCCUUCAUUCAGCCGCAGGGCAAAGAGCCCUCCCACGCCAAGAAGCUGCUGCAUGAGGUGAUGACUCAUGGCACCGCCGUCAGCCCGCUCUACCAUUUUGCGUUAAGUGACGGCACGACGCUCAGCGCUCAGACCCGCUGCAAGUUCUGCUGCCCCCCCAACCCUGACAUCCAGCCCUUCAUCAUGGGCAUCCACACUAUCGACAGGGAACACAACACUGCUAGCUCUCAGGAAAACACUAACCCCAGCCUUCCACUCACCCCCGGCAGUAUUGCUCCGACUCCCACCCGGUCCCCUUCGCUUCCUCCGGGCAGCAACUCAAACCAAGUCGCGGUACCCCUCGCCACCUCAAGCCUUCAUACCAACAACAGCAACGCCCCCUCCCUGGGCCACGGCCCGGCCACACCCACAGGCUACCUGACUUCCUGUCGGACGAACUGCCCCCCGCAGGUCAACAGUCUGUCUCCUCUCAGCAGCCCGCACACAGCCACCUCUACCUCGUUUAUGUUGCCCAGGAUGCCGCGGGCUAGUCCUGGGUCAGGGGGGAGCCCCUGGGGGCCGGGGAACCCCUUCUCUCCAUCGACGCCAGGCCUCUCGUCCCCAGUGGGGGCUCUGAGUAGUGGGGGCUGCCUCAGCAGGCAGCAUUCUGGUGGUGAUGGUAAUACUGGUGCAAACGGUGGGUCAUCAGGGUCUUUCCCCCUGUCCUCUCCUGGACUUCAGAGACAAGCCAGUACACCCACCGUCUCCUCGACUCGGCCCCCGUCAGCGAAGCCCUCAGAAGGAGGGGAGGACUCUGCUGUAGCCCCUCCUCUUUCUGCCUCACAGCUGGGUGAGCCCAGACUCAACCAGCUCCUGGACAGCAGUGAGACAGGAGCCGAACCACACGACAGCAUCCACUGCAGCUCAUCACCUCAUCCUCUGACCCCCUCCCCUGUUCCUCAGUGCCCUGCCUCCCACAGCAGUCUUACGGAACGACACAAGAUCCUGCACAAGCUGCUGCUGGACAGCAGUCCCAACGACGCCUCCUCUGCCGCCGCCGCCGAGGACGGAUUAAACAAAAACAACUUCGAGAUCAAGAAGGAGCCGCCCGCCAGUCCGGCUCUGAGUACAGCACCUCACAGAGCCGGCUCCAGAGAGCCGCAGGACCACCAGUUACUCCGAUUUCUCCUGGAUACAGAUGAAAAGGACUUGGGGGACCUUCCACCUCCAUCGGCUCUGAGCCUUCAGACGGUUCGAGUGAAGGUGGAGAAAAGAACCAGCGGGGAGGGACUGGCCUGCUCCGGGUCAGGAGCCUCCAAACCUGCAGGAGUGUCCAGCAGCUCCGCCUGCAUCAGCCCCAAAUCCAGUCCCAUGGGAGAGACUCGCAGAGACAGCAGAGACUCCACGAUAUCUGUUGGACCUGUUGAUAAGGAGCCUCUCAGCCAGCUUCUGCCUGGCCUCAGGGGGCAGCUGGGAGCCAACCAGGGCAGCGAGGACUCUGUAAACCCUGGAGGAGGAGGAGGAGGAGGAGGAGGAGGAGGAGGAGGAGGCGGCCUUCAGUCUCCAACCUCCCAGGCUCCAGCUCAGCUCCCGUCUCCACUGUCCCAGCCUCAGUCCGUUCCCCAGCUCCAGUCCCCGUCGCCUCAGCUCCGCCCCUCCUCCCCCCUCAAACUGCAGUCGCCAACUCAUCUCCAGCCCGGCGAGGCCUGCUCUCCUCGUAGCGUAAACGUGAAACGGGAGCCCCCUGGGACCCCUAACAGAGGUACUACUUCAGCUCAUCCAGGAGAGGAUUUAACAGUCUUUUAUUUUUUAAUUUAGUAAAACACAUAAAAACAUUUGCUCCAUGCAUGAUGCUAAAAUGUUGUUAAACCUAAACUAAAAGCUCUGCAGACUGAAGAGUUCUGUGUUCAGUCUGCAGUGGUGCUCCACAAA